CAGAUAGAAGAAGAAAAGGAAGAGAGACGUCGAAUACUUGAGGAAGACAGAAGGAAGGAAGAAGAAGAGAAAGAGGAAAGACGUAGAAGGGAAGACGACGAAAGAGAAACUAGGCGGCAAGAGCGCGAACUGAGAAAAUUAGAGCUGGAAGCAGACCUGUUGAAACAGAAACAGGCUAUUGAAGCCGCUAAGAGAGAGCAUGAACUAGAGCUCGCUCGUCUAGCACAAGGCCGUAACGAUACCGAACGUGCUGAAGUGAGAGAGGAUGGGCCAAGGCACCCAAGCUUCACUCAAUUUGUUGAUGGCAGGAACGACUUGGAUGCUUACCUACAACGAUUUGAGAGAUUUGCAACUACAGCCAAAUGGGAGAAGACAGGGUGGGCGUCGAAACUUAGUGCUCUUUUGUCUGGACGUGCCCUAGAAGUUUAUUCGCGAUUAUCUGAGGAGGCUGCCCAAGAUUACUAA